GAGUAACGUUAGGGCAGAGAGGAGGAAAGAAGAGAGAGAUGACACAGUACAGGAGUUGGAGUACCACUGAGACUGCGAUGAAGUUGUGACCUGAAUGCGAAAGAAAGCUGAGUGAUAUGGAUAACAUGGAGCAGUGUGGACCAAUCACCAACAGAGGGCGGUGUUCUACAGCCCAUCGUCACAUACUGGACCAACCAUCGGACUCCUCAUCGCCCCUUCACUCAGAGGACCUGUGAUACACUGACCUCUCCAUCCAGAAACCAAUGCAAUUGGACAUAUACAUAUAUAUCAAAUAUACACAAACAUACCAAGGAAAAUAGCUCAAACACACAGAUGAAUCUCCAUCCAUGUACAUCAGUAUGGAUACAGCCUCACCCAGAUGAAGCUUCUCUAAAGGAUUUAUCCACUAGUCCGGACUGAGUUGUUGUAGGGCAGGGGUUAGGGUUGGGACUGGGACUCCAGUGAGGAUGCUGUCUAUGGUGAUACUCGGUGUUUUCCUGUCCCUGCUCAUCCUGCUGACAGUCUGUGGUAACGUCCUGGUUUGUCUGGCCGUCUGCGCCACACGACGUCUCCGCUGCCUCACCAACUGUUUCAUCGUCUCCCUCGCCAUCACUGACCUGCUGCUUGGCAUGCUUGUCCUGCCUUUCUCCGCCCUCCUCCAGCUCAGCGAUUGGCCUCUGGGGCCGACCAUCUGCAACAUCUACAUCUCAUUGGAUGUUAUGUUGUGCACCGCCUCCAUCCUCACGCUAUUGGCCAUUAGCCUGGACCGCUACCUGGCCGUGACCGCGCCCCUUAGAUACACCUCACUAGUGUUGCCGAGGCGAGUUGCCUUUGCUAUGGCGUUGGUGUGGGCGGUGUCGCUAGCAGUGUCAUUCCUGCCAAUCCACCUGGGAUGGAACACGGUGGACGGCAACGUGCAGAAUCGCGGCCAGGGGGACAACAUGACAGAGUGUAACUUUGAGCUGAACCCAUCGUACGCUGUCGUGGACUCCUCCUUAACCUUCUACCUCCCCCUGCUCAUCAUGUGCUGGACCUACCACCGUAUUCUUCGCAUCGCUCGGGCGCAGGCCAGGCGCAUCAUCCACGCGCGCCCCAGACUUAACAACAACAACAGCUCCUCGUCAGCCCCUCGUCAACUCACCUCAGUAACAGCGGUGGCUCUACGGGAACACAAAGCCACAGUGACUCUAGCAGCAGUGAUCGGGGUCUUCGUGGUGUGCUGGCUGCCCUACUUCACCCUGUUUACCAUUAUGGGUCUGAAGAAGCAGAACUACCCAGCAGCCUACCCAGUGGUGCAGUGGCUGGGGUACAUCAACUCAGCUCUGAACCCUUUGCUCUACGCUGCCCUAAACAGAGACUUUAGGUCCGCCUACGCCCGCCUGCUGCGCUGUGGUUACUACGGCUACGGCAGGGGGAGGGGCCGGCCACCAUGCCACAACACAUUCAUGACAGGUGGGGGGAAAGUAUGUGGAGGGGAGGUGGAUCUGCUGUGUGGACACACCUCUUCCUGCAGGGCGGGGCCAAGUGAGACAGGUAUGAUGCUACAGGAAGUCAGCAGAGGAACGGCCACGCCGUCUCCUCAGCACAGCAACGGGGCCGCUGUCACCAACGGCAACGACAGAUCCUGCUGACCCUGCAUCUAACUGUGAGGAGGACUCCCACCAGUCAUGUACGCUGAGCCCAGCCAGCCUGACCCACACACCUAGCCCAGGGGUCAAUCACAUCACUGACAAGACACAGGGACUAUUUGGGCCAUCUCCAGAAAGGAGAGCAGGCUACGAAUGUGAAGGAACUCAUCCAAAAUAUCACAGGCAAUCCAGAACAAGGAUACAGAGGACUUCCAACCAAAAAUGUUUUAUCAGAGUCUAUUUCUAUCCCUUCAACCAAUGAGCAGUGACUGGGGAAAGCCACGAGUCACUUUGUUCUCGAACACUGAUACCUGGAAAGAAAUAUCACGGGAUGGACAGAGAGACAGAAAGACUAAAACUCUCUUCCCAGCUUGGUAGUGGACUCUAACCACUGCUGUUAGUCGUAUGAACCUGAGGGCUUCCAAUGUAGCAGAUACUUUGCCCCCAAUCAAUGGAAUAUGAUACCACAACCUGACAAGGAGACUAGACGCUUAGCAAUUAUUUAAUUUAUAUCAAAAUAAUCAGUCUUCUGAGAGAAAAAUAAAAAAAAAACAUUAUUUGACAGUGUUUCAUCUUUAUGAGGAAUUUUAUGAUUGUGCAGCUACUGUAUAUGUGUCCUCUAUGAUGUUGUUAUACAUGUAUGUGUGUGUACAUAUACUGGACUAAAACAUGUCCCAGAAAGUCUUGGAAUCCAAUAUUUGUCAUUUCUAACCAGAGUGCCAUCUCUGUUUUUGUAAGGUUGUGAAGGUAUGCCCCCUACAUCCAGGGAUGGUAGUGAAUGGCGGGGGUGGAGUGGUGCAGUAAAUGGUAUUUACCACAGUAGUCAAGGAUUCUAAUAAUAGUAUAGCAUUUAUUUGCUUCAUGAACUCUCUCAUGGUAGCCUAAUCAGAACCUUGUACAAAAAAAGAUGAAAAAUAAAAGUAAAGUUCUUGAAAAAAAAGGAACAUAAAUUAACGGAGGUUUUUAGUUUGUAAAGAAAUGUGGCAUAUUGCUGGUCUGCACACAUCAACAGCCAGUCGCUUAGGCCCAACCUGCCGGUAUGCUGGUACUAUAAUGGUUUCUCACAACUGAUGGCUUAUACGAUUGUGGCUAGAUGGAAGUGACUUUGCGCAGCAGGUUAUGAGAACUAACGCAGCAGGUUAGGAAAAUUAAAAUAGCAGGUUAGGAGAAAAGCUCAAAUGCUACAGUUGUCCCCGACGCGACAACUCGAUGGAGUUGUACUCCAUCUACAGACAACCAUAAAAGCCAUCAGUUCCAAGAAACCAUCCGUGGCCUACCGUCACACCGGUCUGCACACAUUAACCUCCUGUCACUUACAGAAGUAGCAUUGAGCUGGCACUGAAAUACCUUUAAGAAAUACACUGUUUAAGAAUUAGCGGGUAUGCUAGUAGGCUAGUGCUAACCUCAUAGCUAGGUCUACAGAGACAGCUAUACAGUAAGUAUAAUUUUACAUAGCAAACAUCUACCCAAAAUAAAAUAGACCAUUCUUGAUUAGAAUAAACUAAGUUAUAUUGAAAAUUCAACCCAGUCUAUAGAAAUAUACGGUAUUUGAAACUUAAAUCAAUGGCAGGCCUACAAAACUCAAGGACAGAAACUGGGCGCUCAAUCAACCUUAAUGACUGUCCCAAGGAGGAGACUUGUGAGUGAGAUGUGUCUACAAACGUUCUGAUGAGGCAGAAACGGUCUUGGAAUCUGAUAUUUGUCAUCUCAUUUCUAACCACAGCAUGCUACAAUCAGUGUUCUCCAUUUCCACAAUCCAUCCGUCGAGUCGACGAAGCACAUGAAUCAUGUCUAAAGAAUGUCUACUGAUAUAGAGGUACGUGAGGGGAAUGGGCAGAUACGAGUGCCUGUUCUCAACUACAAUAUGGAGGUCAGUUUGGGUCUUAGGGCUUAAUUCAAUCAGAUCCGCUUUAGCCAACAUCCGCAUAGCCGUUGUUUUGGUGUGUCAAAGGUGGAACUGCUUUAGAGCAGUCAAAUCCACAAGUGGCUCCCGGCAUUACACCUAAAGUGACCAUUGCCAAUGUUCAUGGAGUUGCAUUAACAGAAAUCCCAUGCAGCCUUGUUUACAAGUUUCAACACCGGAACUUGAGUUGUAAGGUACACCUCGUUAGGAUUUGAGUAAGAGAUGGAUUGAAGCCUGGAUUCAAACCAGGGACCACUGCGCCACUCAGAAGUCUUAAAGAGGAGGGUAUAGUGCUUUUACAUCUAGUCCAGGGGAGGGUCAUGUCAUUUGUAAUUGAUGAAAUGUUAAUAUGUCUCAGUGUUUUAGAAGGAGUUGCUGAUAAAGCUAUAUAUCGAUGUGUGUUUCUUGCCCAUGAUGUAGGAUUAUUUAUCAGCGUUAUUGACCUCACAAUAGAGGUUGACCGAUUCAUUGGAAUUGCCGAUUAAUUAGGGCCGAUUUCAAGUUUUUUAAAC